AUGAUUGAAACAUGAAACAUUGUGUGGAAACGUCAAAAAAGCAAAACAAACAUUUUGUAAACAGAUUACGAGUCAACAAAAGGAACUACGAAUCAAAUUUGUAACAGGAUUAUAGACGACACAUCGAAAUAGAGCUAUUGCCACUACAGCUUGUACAUUCAUUACCCUAUCCAAUUGUGUUGGUUUCCAAAGUGCAUUAUCAAACGAGCAGUUAGUCAUUGUCCGAGUGGUGGUUGUUACGUUGCGCCUGUAAAUACGUGUGUGAACAAUGAUUCUCCCUACCAUGCAUAUUUCGCUCAACUAAAUGGCAGUGUUCGCUUAUCUGCUGCUCAGUGUUGGUAACGAGUUUUUCGACGUCGCAAACGUAUUCAUACGAUCCGGUGGUUCGCUUGCGGAAUGCAGAGAUUACUGGCAGUGCAAAAGACGUGAUCAACUUUUUCGAUACUAUAUCGACAGAUAUUAUAACACCAGAAGCGAAGAAGCUGAAGCGAUGUCCUCCGAAUCUCUGGAUAGCUGUGAUUUUGCUUAUCAAGACUCUCCCACGUCCCCCAGCUCCAGAAGUUUGGACAAGAGUUCUGCGACGGAAACAGUUUACACGUUGGAAGGAAUCACCGAGGUUUCACCCGGGUUAAGCUUUGUUAUCAGUGGCAGUAUCUUAUUGACAUGUGAACGGUUUUCUAUAAACUUCAUGCUGAAGAACUCCGAUCUAGCGUUGCAUUUCAAUCCAAGAUUACCACAAAAUUACAUUGUUAGAAAUUGCCGCGUGAAGGGAGUGUGGGGUAAGGAAGAAGUUGCAUCGCCAUUAUCGUUCAACUUGCAUCGUGGGAAGCAAUUCAAAAUUCAAAUUCUAGUCACGGAUGAAGAGUUUCUGAUGUGCGUAAACGGACGACAUUUCAAUGCGUUCAAGCAUCGACUGCCUUAUAAGAAAAUAUGCACGCUCGAAGUCAAGGGAGACGUCAAGGAUGUUUUGGUCGAGCAGGUUUAUGUGGAAUGCUACCCCGACAUUGCACUGGAUAACAUUCAACAAAUCUCCAAGGAUGCUUUUCGCCUGGAGGAUAAAUCGGAUUCAAAUUGCAAAAUAAUGCCUUAUACCGGUCAGCUCUUGGAAUCAUUCACUAAUGGCAAGAGCUUGCACAUCAGAGGAAGAGUCAAACUGCUGCCACACUCAUUCUACGUCAACUUACAAACCAACCACUUUUGGUGGCCCCAUUCGAAUGUGCUGUUUCAUUUGAAUCCUCGAUUUGGAAGCGUUGGUGGUAAGCACGUGAUUUGCCGAAAUUCCUGGAUUAAUGGGAAAUGGGAGCGUGAGGAGCGUUCGGAAAAUCUGACCGAUUUCAUGCCGGGUAAACUAUUUCAUCUCAAAAUUGCGUGCAGCGAUAUGAGCUACCAGGUUUAUUUGAAUGAAAUGUUGAUAGCAGAAUUUAUCUUCCGAGGUGAUCCGCGGUUUGUCAAAUCGGUUUAUAUUCAAGGUGACAUCAAAGUAUUCGAUGUGGUACUAGAAUCUGCCUACUAAACAUUGUACGUUAAGUAAUAUUUGAGCUGAGCUUCAAUUUGAACAAUAAUCCUGGAGGAAAACAAGUUUAUAGGUAAUAUUGUUACGAAUUCUCCUGAAACAUGUCAGGAUCUAGAGCAAUUAACUUUUGUUGAAAGAAUCAACGUCGCUACAAUAUAUACAUAUAUCGUAUUAUAUUAGGUGUUAUGUACUUGUGAUUAAUGUGAAUAUCAGGGGCGACUCGUGGCUUUUGAACCUACCUGUUCAACUACAGAUUUUAAAAAUCGCAGUUUGAGGAAGUAAUCACAAUCAUGUCCGCGUAAUCACGCAAGUCAUUCUAUUUGUUACUAUUUGAAAGUGAAACUAAAAACCAAUAAAAUAUUAAUAUAAAUUUGCGAUUGACAUAUAUUUUUUGCAUGGAAUCCCCGUGUGCAAUGCACAGGUUGCACCUAUGGACGAGUCGCCCCUUGUGAAUAUAUAAAUAAGCGAGUUCUUGCUAAUGAGGAAUGCUAAACACUAACAAUGAAAUACAUUGCCUGCAAAUACAAAUAUACUGGUGUGCAAUCGAGUUGGUGUAUUAUGAUUAUUAGUUUAUAGUAUGUCACCUACGAUUUCUUCAUCUGCAGCGGAAUAUGAAAUACGCAACACGGAAUAAACCAUCACCUUUAGUUUA